AUGGCUAAUGGAACUUUCCGUGUAGAUACCUCUAUAGCUGAGGACAAUCUCACUCCUCGAAUCCAAACUUUAGCUAAAGAACUCCACGAUGCACUUCCGUACUUCAACGGAGAAGGUCAAUUCGCCGUGAAAGACUUUGAAUUAUUCGAUGGAAUAGUAAGAAAUUGGCUACCGAGUAUUCCAGCAGAUAAACAAGACUUCUUUGCUCGCCGUAUAGCCCAAAAACUAUAUGGACGAGCCAAGAGAUUGGUCGAACAUGUCAAACUGACCUCGGUAGAAGAUAUCUUACUCGUGUUAGGUCGAAAACUUAAAAGGAGCGACCCAUAUAUAACUUGGCAGAAAAACUUAGCUGCUGCGGUUCCACAAGAUUCUGAAAAUAUCGAAGAUUUUUAUUACCGGUUAAGCGAGAUGAUUCGUCGUAUUGAGCUCAAUGCUCCCGAAGCUGAUAAGGACGUGGUAAAACGGACAUUCGAAAAAACAGCAGCUACUACGUUGUACGAAUAUUUACCAGACUUUCUACGAUGCCUGUGCAAAAUAAGAAGAGCAGAAACUCUAGAUGACAUGUACAAGACCAUCAAAAAUGACGCGUACAGAAGACCAGAACGUAGACGCGCUAUGAGAGACGACGGACUCAUACCGGGAGAAUCAAUUCCACCUUCAGUAGAAUUUUACAGACGAUCAAAACAAGACGGUAACCGACACUACCCACAAAUGCCGAGAUCUUCUUGA